CUUAUUCGUUACGAUCUCUAUAUUUUAUGUUUAUUUUGUUUUGCUAAUCAUUUUGGUGAUGUCUGCUAAUAAGUAGUUAUACAUGUUUUUAUUAUACUUACUGUGUAAAAUUAAUAGUUUUACAUAAAGAACAACUAUAAAAUGGGUUCCUCAACGAGAAACGGAGUUGACAAAGCUCUGGAAAUGCUGAGAUAUCUUCCUCGCGUUUGCUUAGCAAACGUAAAAAAUAACCCCGGAGCCAGUAAAAAGAGGCUGCGCGGCCGGGCGCAGUACGGGGGCGACAAGCACGGAGCCGGCAACAAGGGGUCUGGCCAGAGGCAGAACUACAUGCGGCUGGGCUACGAGACCGGCAACACCCCUUUCUACCUGCGCUUCUCCCGCGAGUGGUACUACAAGGGACACCAUUUGAGACGUCAGUACCCGCCGCUGUCGUUGCUGCAGCUUCAGAAGAUGAUCGACACGGAUCGCCUGGACCCGUCCGAGCCGAUCGACCUGUCCAUCAUCUGCAACACUGGCCUGUACUCCAUCGACCCGGCGCAGAGGCACUUCGGGGUGCACCUCACGGACGAGGGAGCAGACGUCUUCAGGGCGAAGGUGAACAUCGAGGUGCAGUGGGCGUCGGAGCCGGUGAUCGCGGCCGUGGAGAGGAACGGGGGAGUCAUCACGACGUGCUACUACGACCCGCACAGCUUGUGGGCCGUCGUCAACCCGGAGAAGUUCUUCAAGAAAGGCGAGCCCAUCCCGCGCCGCAUGCCGCCGCCCGCCGACGCGGCCGACUACUACACCAGCGCGGAGCACCGCGGCUACCUGGCCGACCCCGAGCGGGUGUCCUGGGAGCGCCUGGUGCUGGCCCAGAAGUACGGCUACCGCCUGCCCCGCCUGGAGGACGACCCCCGGUACGAGAUGCUGUCCCGGCGCAAGGACCCCCGCCAGGUGUUCCUGGGGCUGGAGCCCGGCUGGGUGGUCAGCCUCCGGGACCGGAGCGUCCUCAAGCCCAGGGAGCCGCGCGUCGUCGACUUCUACCGGUCCUGAGGCUCCCGCGUUGCGUUAGUAGGCGCGAUGGCAAGGAAACAUACACGCGUCUCAGGUGCCGUUUCAAAACUUAACUCGCGCCGGAAUAGGCAGUCGUACCUUCAAUGAGAAAUCUUGUCCGGAAGCCUGUGCAUUCAGAACGACGGAAAAUUCAAUGUGUAAUUCUUUAAUGAAUAUGUAGUUAAAGAACUUCAGAUGGAAUAAUAUAUCAAAACACUUCUGUUAAAGAUUGUUUCCAGAAUUGCAAAAGGUCCCGUAUUCUUUUUGAAUGAAUUUAAAAAAAAAAAAGUAUUGCACUGUACUUGUGGAAUAUGGUUUGAUAUGUAAACCAUGAUAAAGUUAAAUACAUUCAAAUUAAAAGCAUUAAACUUAAAA